GAUGCGCUCCAUUUCAACCACCAAUUUCACGGCACCGUUUGUUUGCGCAUGGCCAGUCUUUCGGUCCCCCUCGAAACAACCGGCAUCUUUGCACUACAACAUCUUAUCACUGGAGCGUCAACGCUUGGGGGUAUUUGGCAAAAUAAGGAAGGGUGGCCGAAUCAUGACAUGAGCAGAUCGACUGAAUUUCAAUGGAGUCUUUGAAUGCCGUAGAGCUCUGUGAAUUGGGAGAUGGCGACAAGCCCGCUGCCUGCGAGGUCACCACAACUCCUCGAAAAGCUACCCAGUCAAGACCUCGGACAGUAGCUAGCACUGGAAUCGAGAACACGUCAUAUCAGGACGAGGAGCACCAGACGAGGUUCAGUCACCAGGGAGCAGACAGCUCGAGUGUUCAUCGGUCCACAUCUAAUGACAGGGGCUAUCAGUCACAACCCCAGCCUUUCCAGCGAGAUGAGCUGUCACACCGCUCUGAGGAGGGACAUGAGACUGACUUUAAAAACCAUUCACUCGACUACGGGUUCAUAUUUGCCAUGGUGUUCUUGGUGAGUGGAAUUGUACUGGUGGUCAUUGCCUACACCAUUCCCCGAGAGGCUAAGGUCAACCCAGAUCUGGUGUCAGCCCGUCAGAUGGAGAAACUGGAGAUGUACUACACACAACUGGGCUCGCACCUCGACAAGUGUAUCAUAGCAGGCCUGGGACUGUUAACUCUAGGGGGAAUGCUCUUGUCCAUCUUGCUAAUGGUGUCCAUAUGCAAAGGUGAGCUGUACCCCCGGAGGACAUUUUUCCAACCCAGGAAAACAUACGGGUCGAUUCACCUCCAGAUGAGACAGUUGGGCAAGGUGGAAGAAUCUCUGUUUGAAUGUGAACUUAGCCACACUGGCACCACAGCUCUGGCCAUUAGACCUACAGAUGGAUCACAGGUGCAUAGUGGCACCCAACAGGAGUAGAACAAUAUGAGCACAUUUCUAUCCACAGACCUAUGUCAAGGGUUGUAAUCAUUGCUUAACGGGCUUUGUAAAAAAGUAAAGCCAGCAAGGUAAGCCGACUGUGGUUAAGACUAUAUGAGCACAUUUGGAAAUACACAUCAUGUAUUGUUAGAUGUAGGAUCAAAUCAGAGACUGAAAUAGAUAGGCUAUAAAAAGCACAAUGGGCACCCUUGAGGAAUGCAUAGAAUAGGCUAACUUGACAUGCUGAAAAUAGAUGGCUAUCAGACUCUUAAGAAUUGAAUAUACAGUAUGUCUGGAUAUCAUAUCAUUAAUGAACAAAACAUGUACAAUAUGUAUAGGCCUACAAAUCUUAUUCACAUUACAUUUUAGUCAUUUAGCAGACACUCUUAUCCAGAGUGCAUACAUUUUUGUAUUUGUUCGUACUGGUCCCCCGUGGAAAUCAAACCCACAACCCUGGCGUUGCAAGUGCCAUGCCUUACCAACUGAGCCACAUGGGACAUUAUUAUCAUGUAAGGAUACAAUAUGCCUUAAACUUAGUCACUGUAAACAUACCAAGCUCCUGUGAGCAAAUAAGCCAAGGUAAAUAUGUAGCAACUCACUAGAACCACUUAAUCUGUUAGUUUUUAUUAUAACAUGAUAUUGGUAAGAAUAUACAGCAGCACAAACAAAAAAAUCCAAGCAAGUGAAAUGUUUAGAUGUGCAUUAGAGGCUUUUGGACAGGUUUUUGAUUAACUUAAGAAAACCGAUGAUUUUAUUUCAUGAUGUAGAAAUAUAUACCAAAUUUGGAAACCUAGAAACAACUUUUACAUCAAAAUGUGUUAUUAAGGGGAGGAUGUCUGCACAAUCAUCCCAGUUGUUUGGACAAAUAUAGCCUUUAUCUUUAUAAAGACAUCAGAGUCAUUCGGUAAAACAGUCAUCUAAAGCUAAUAAUGGAAGUGUAGGUGUGAAUUUCUCUCUCGCGCUCUCGCGCUCUUGCUCUCAUGCUUUCUUUUUAAAUCAGCGAGUUAAACACCAGCACAUAAGUCCUUUAUGUAUUAUAAGUAUUAAAUCAAAUCAAAGUUUGUCACUUGCGCCGAAUACAACAGGUGUAGACUUGACAGUGAAAUGCUUACUUACAGGCCCUGACCAACAGUGCAAUUUUUAAGUAAAAAAUAGGUAUUAGGUGAACAAUAGAUAAGUAAAGAAAUAAAAAGACUGUGAAAAAUAACAGUAGCAAGGCUAUAUACAGGCACUGGUUAGUCAGGCUAAUUGAGGUAGUAUGUACAUGUAGGUAUGGUUAAAGUGAUUGCAUAUAUGAUAAACGGAGAGUAGCAGUAGCGUAAAAGAGGGUGUGGCGGGACACAAUGCAGAGUCUGAGAGUCCUUUAGUUGCCUUUUGGCAAACUCCAAGCAGGCUGUCGUGUGCCUUUACUGAGGAGCGGCUUCCGUCUGGCCACACUACCAUAAAGACCUGAUUGGUGGAGUGCUGCAGAGAUGGUUGUCCUUCUGGAAGGUUCUCCCAUCUCCACAGAGGAACUCUGGAGCUCUGUCAGAGUGACCAUUGGGUUCUUGGUCACCUACCUGACCAAGGCCCUUUUGCCCCGAUUGCUCAGUUUGGCCGGGCAGUCAGCUCUAGGAAAAGUCUUGGUGGUUCCAAACUUCUUCCAUUUAAGAAUGAAGGAUGAACAAAGGAAACCGGAUGCACCUGAGCUCAAUUUCGAGUGUAAUAGCAAAGGUUCUGAAUACUUAUGUAAAUAAGGUAUUUCUGUUUUUUAUUUUUUAUACAUUUGCCAAAAACUCUAAAAACCUGUUUUCGCUUUGUCAUUAUGGGGUAUUUUGUGUAGGUUGAUGAAGAGUUUGUAUUUAUUUAAUUCCUUUUAGAAUAAGCCUGUAAUGUAACAACAUUUUGAAAAAGUCGAAAUGGGCCUGAAUAAUUUCUGAGUGCAUGUGGUGGUACAAGAGUAACAAAGAGGACGCUGUUGAAACUGCAUAUGUAUUUUGUGAGAUAAUGUCAAAAUCCAAUGCCUCAAAAUCCAAUGGCUCAUGACAAUUUUUAAGAAUAAUUUCAAUGUGACAAACAUUUGUUUCUUCUCUCUCGACUUUACAUCUCUUGUGUCCUCUUUAUUUUUCCUCUGUGGUUGACUCUGUUUUUGUUGCUUAUCAGCACAAUAUCAACAUUCAGAGCCAUCUGUAGAUUUAAAUAAGACUGUCCUGUGAUAGAAUUGGUUAUCUGAUUGAUAGAGGCAGUGGAACACGGGUAGGGUCUUUCUACAGUGUAUUGAAUACCUCUUGUAUCCUUUUGAAUACUUCAAUUUUUCAAUGUAGGUGCAGUGCCAUUAUGUGGCUAGUUCAGGGUUGGGGUCAAUUCCAUUGACUGAUUUGAAAUGGAAUUGACCGACCCCAACUUAGGGCUGGUCUAUUCCUUUAAUGAACUUUUUGAGCACAUCUCAUGUAAGAUGGUAUCAAGAGUCAGGGGUCACGAUGUCAGAAGACAUUGAGAUGAGUGGGCAGGUAUAGGCUACUUUUAGUUUUCCACUUGCUAAUAUGAUGACCAGUUAAAUCCCAAUGGCAUUAGAAGGCACAUAUGCCUGGGGUUUAGCAUGUCUGACAAGUUAAACUCCCUGAUCCUAUUAUUGUAGGCUGCAGAUAAAGGGACAUUUGCUGAAAUGCAGGACACACAAAUACUAUAGUGGUAACAGAAAACAUGAAUGGAAAAUGUGGGAUAUCUACUGAAAAAGACCACUAUUGAGUUAAUGUGAAUGCAGAGUGCAAUCCAUAAUGGAUACUGUACACAGAGUAUGUCUGCCUGUUAUUCCAGUUUAAUUCAGACAGAUGCCUUGGGUCAGAUCCCCUUGGUUUUCCUUUGGGUGUUUUCACCAUAGAAAUAGAAUUACUAAAAUGUUGAGUGUAUACCCAUGAGUGAUCCAGUCAAAUUGCUGUGGUCUAAAGGGGUUUUGUCCAUUCUAGGAAUUAUAUUUCUAUGGUUUUUACUGUAAUUCCUUCUGUUCACAUUGUUAUGGGUCUGUGAUAAUACAUAGAAACCCUAGAACUGACCAUUGAGGUGAAUUGAUUGAUAGAUUUAGAUUCAAAUUAAAGAAUUUUAUGAAUUAGAUAGUUGGCGAGAAUAGUUAGCUUCUCUAUCAUAGAAUCAAGAACUGUGUCCACUCCAUAUGCUCAAUUUCUACUGGGGCAAGCUCUUAGAAUGCAUCUGCACAACAGGACAGAACAUCAUAAUUGGAAACAACUUCUGCCACUGGUAGUAGACAAUGCAUAUAUUUUUUGUGCUAGCGACUGCAUGCGCAGUGGAUGUUUAGCUGACUAACAUGCUGCUGUCCAAGACCUUGGCUUUUCCCUACAGUAACAUGCAUAGUAAACAUAUCUGACAGAGAAGAGUAAUGAAUGUCUCUCCCUGUGUCUUGUUCCUCUCAGAGGUUAUGUCCCACAUGGCACCAUAGUGCAUCUGAAUCAAUCAGAUCGAGCUUUAACAUGUUGGCCGACAUCCGCGUAGCGGAUGGUUUGGAGCUGUGGUAUGAGCUGACAAAUCGGUGAGUGGAUACUCUUGUGUGUCACCAACCACUCCCUUUCUUAUUAUCGCUUCCAUGUUAGAAGUUCACACGGCGAUAUAAAGUGUAGGCUCUAUCCUUGAUAGAAAUAAUGACAGACAUGUUUUCACGUUAAUUUUAGAUGUGUGUGUGUGUGUGUGGGG